GGACUCAAGCACAGGACAGCUGCGUUGAGGAUUGGUGCCUCUGGACAUGAGUCACGCUCCCUACCCUUGCUAAAACACUGCUAACAGAUUCACUCGGCGCUGGACUCAUUUUUAUUUUUAUUUAACCUCAGUCCAACCAUUGCUAUUGGUCAGAAAUGUAUUCAUGUUCUGUGUCCUGGGACCCAAUUUUAAUAUAUGGACACGAACAGGUUAUUUAAUAGGAAACCAGUUUGAAAGCUUACCAUUACCUCUAUGUCUGAGAUGCAUUGAAAAAAGCUGGUCACCUCUGAUACCUCUUUGAUGGACUGGUGAUAUCUCCAGGGUAAACCCCAUCUCUCACCCAACAACAGCUGGAUGUCUCUUUUAAUGUGUGACCAACUAUGAACUAUCCUAUUCUUUAAAACAGUCUUCAUGACAUAUCAUGAAUGAUGGCUCAUGGGAUUCUCCCAGUCAGGACCGUCAUGCACUCCCAGGGCAUGUCAACUGUAUCUACUUACUCCCGACCUGGUUGUGGCGCGCCUGAGUCGGUGAGGCAUCUGGUCAAAGAGUGCAGUGCUGCCGUAGACCAGUGGGCGCAGCCUGGCUCCUUACAAUUCCCGUACUUACCAGUAAGGGAGGUUGAGCUCUUAAUGGGGUGAGCUGCAACACACAAGCAGCAAAGAAAGAUGUUGCCAAUCAUUAGCUCACCCUUGCACCCUUCAAAGACGCCAUAUAGGCCUCCAGGAACUUGCUGGUGAGGAAGCACAAGCAGAUUCCCCCGUGGUUGUGAUCCAGAUGGCAGAAGAAGAGCCUGCCAAAGCUGCAGGCUGCUGGCAGCAAAGAGAGGACGCAGCCACAAAGAAGCAUCGCCUCUGUGCCCAUUCGGACGAAGGAGCCAGAGUCACACAGGGAAAGGUCAAAGCAGCAACGGUCUGGCUCUCCGGGUGUGGCAGGUGGGAAGGAGCAUCAGGGUGGGGAUCCCCUCUGAGCAUCGAGACUGUUUGGAAGAAUGGAGAGGCUAUUUUAAAAUGUUAAGGAUUCACCUCGCUCCUUUACAAGUUUUAAACAUCCAGUGUCACUUUGACCAUUUUCUAUUAAAACAUCUUGAUUAUUUUACAUUAUCUGAGGUAGACAUUUUGAGCAAAACGUGGGAAAAGCUUUGGUCCCAGCUCCUCCCUUCUAUAUCCAGCAUGCAAGUCAACAAGUCGUGCUUUUAAACCAUUUUUUUUUUGUAACUGAAUUGGGAGUUAGCAGUAGUCCUGUUUUCUGCUCUUUGAGUCCUACCAAUUUAAUUGGCAGGGAGAUGGCCCAGAUGUAAUCAUCAGCUGGUUGGCUGGUCUGAGUCUUCUUCAUUUUGUUUAUUUCGGUCAAGGCUCUCUACUCUUUUUUUAUUGUUUCUUUAAUACUAACUUCAACCACUGCUAUUAGUCAGAACUUUAAAUCUUCUGUCUUGUGACACUCGUUAAAGUAUGGAACAAAACAGAUUGAUUACAAAACCAAAUUCCAGCCAUAACCAAUUACCUUCUUGCCUGAGGUCAUUGAAAAAACAAAAAAAUUACCACUUAUGAUUCCUAAAAAAUGGUAAAUACAGCUGUGGUGAACUGGUGACCUAACCAGCGUGUAAGCUAACCCCUCACCUAUUGACUACUGGAUAUUGACCCCUGCUCAUGAAAUCCUCUCAGACUGGAGGAUUCUUUUACGUAGCCCCCCUAUUCAGGGGUCAGUACAGCAAGCCAGUACAACUUUAAUUUAUACUUGACAUAUCUUACGCCAUAUGCCUUUCCUGACACAUUUUAAGAAUCACCAAACUGUUCCUCUGGAGACCCUUAUGGUAGAAGUCCUCGUAUAUAAUGCAUAGUCAAUCACCUCCCAGUGCACCCAUCCAACCUUCUACCAAUCCACAACUCCAACUUGGAAAAGAUGGACAGAAGGAGACAAUCACCAACUUCACCAAACACCAAUCUUGUGCCGCCCUCAGCCUCUGUGGAUAUCAUCGCCUCAUCUGCAACAGUAAGACAUCUUCACCACUCCUUUUAAAACACAUUCUCAAAUCAUUUCAGUUUCAGACACUAAUCCCAGUACCUCUCCUCCAGGAUACUGAUAAGAAUCAUUCACUCCACCAAUCUCCUGCCAACGUCAUUCUCUAAGGAUAUCCUCUCCUCCUCUGCACCAGUAAGAAACCAUCACCCCUUCUUGUACACCACAUUCUCAACCCAUUUCAGUUUCAGGUACUAACCCACCAAUGUCUCAUCUUAAACAGGACUGGGUUUCCUGAGGGAGACCUCGGAUGUUCUGCUCACACAAGUGAACUCUCCUUAAGAACCUCUACACCGCUCCUCUGUCUGCUCUCCUGGCUCAAGUGCUCCUCGAUAAAUCAUCGCUCUCUCACCUGCCAGUCCAUCCUCCAACAUUUUGCCGAUCCACAACUUCCACUAGGAAAAGAAGGACCGAAGGAGACAAUGAUUAACUCCACCAAUCUCCUGACCAACCUCAGCCUCAGUGGAUAUCCUCACCUCCUCUGCACCAGUACGACACUGUCUCCCCUCCUUCUACAACCUGUUCUCAACCCAUUUCAGUUUCAGAUACUAACCCACCUAUGUCUCAUCUUAAAUAGGACCGGGUUUCCUGACGGAGACAUCAGAUGUCCUGCUCACACAAGUGAACUCUCCUUAAGAACCUCUACACCGCUCCUCUGUCUGCUCUCCUGGCUCAAGUGCUCCUCAAUAAUUCAUCACUCUCUCACCUGCCAGUCCACCCUCCAACAUUUUGCCGAUCCACAACUUCCACUAGGAAAAGAAGGACCGAAGGAGACAAUCAUUAACUCCACCAAUCUCCUGACCAACCUCAGCCUCAGUGGAUAUCCUCACCUCCUCUGCACCAGACCGGGUUUCCUGAGGGAGACUUCAGAUUGUUCUGCUCACACAAGUGAACUCUCCUUAAGAACCUCUACACCGCUCCUCUGUCUGCUCUCCUGGCACAAGUGCUCCUCGAUAAUUCAUCGCUCUCUCACCUGCCAGUCCAUCCUCCAACAUUUUGCUGAUCCACAACUUCCUCUAGGAAAAGAAGGACCGAAGGAGACAAUGAUUAACUCCACCAAUCUCCUGACCAACCUCAGCCUCAGUGGAUAUCCUCACCUCCUCUGCACCAGACCGGGUUUCCUGAGGGAGACUUCAGAUUGUUCUGCUCACACAAGUGAACUCUCCUUAAGAACCUCUACACCGCUCCUCUGUCUGCUCUCCUGGCUCAAGUGCUCCUCGAUAAUUCAUCGCUCUCUCACCUGCCAGUCCACCCUCCAACAUUUUGCCGAUCCACAACUUCCACUAGGAAAAGAAGGACCGAAGGAGACAAUGAUUAACUCCACCAAUCUCCUGACCAACCUCAGCCUCAGUGGAUAUCCUCACCUCCUCUGCACCAGACCGGGUUUCCUGAGGGAGACUUAGGAUGUUCUGCUCACACAAGUGGUAAUCAGACACUACUCUUCUGUAUAUCAUGGAUUUCUUGAAUUCUUACAUUGGGCAACUGUGGCUUGAUGGGUUGGUUAGUUGUCUAGCAAUCAGAAGGUUGUGGGUUUGA